UUCUCUCUCUUUCUCUUCCCAUAAUCUGUUUCUUUGUGCUUGUGCCGGCGAUCUUUCGAGACUCUUUCGAUGAUUUCAAUUCCCCUCAACUUCUUAGGAUUAAAUUUGCUCAAUUGGGUUUCUUUGAAUCCAUCGUCAUCCUUUUUUUUCCAAGAAAAAUAAUCAAAUACGCACAGUUUGGAUUUUGAAAAUGUUUCUGGGGUGGGUUUUCCAUGGAAUCGGCGAACGGAAGGUUGAGUGAGGAUACUCUGAGAAAACACUUCAGCAACUAUGGUGAAGUGGAGGAGGCUUUGAUUCUCUCUAACAACGAUAGGGGUAAUGAAAGAGGGUUUGGCUAUGUUACCUUUAAAGACCCAGCGUUAGAUGUGAAACCAGCCUUGUGGAUAAGUAGUGUGACGAGCCUAAAUAGGAAUACACCUCCAACGGUUGAGAUUGCUGGAUCUAGUGAUAAUAAUAAGAAGAUUUAUGUAGGAGGUCUACUAUUACAUUUGACAUAUCGGGAAUUGGAGUACUUUGAGAGUAUUGGCGCGGUUACUAAUGCUAGGGUGGUAUAUGAUGAAGAAAAUAAAAAAUCGAGGGGCUUUGGAUUUGUUACUUUUGAUUCCGAGGAUGUUGUGCAUAAUGUGUUGCAGAAAAGUGAUCUCGAGAUGGAAAAUAGGCUUCUAAUGGUUGGGAGGACUGACUCUGACAGGAAUCAAGGGCUGAUAUACCCUUACGAUUGUAACAACACAUGAUUGGGUUCUGGUCGUUCUGAUUCUGAGACUUAUGGCCCUUAUCCUCCACCUGCUCCUCAGCCUCCUUAUGCACCACCUUAUGGGAAUUAUUCAUGGCCUAGUGGGACAUUCCCAGAUGUAGUUUCUUGGAAUGGACUUUAAUCUAGUGGAGGUCUGUUGCCUUAUGCAAACCCUGCACCCCAUGACAAUUCAACUAAGGAUGACAAUCAACCUCAGAUGGAGGAUAAGUCAAGCAUGGGAAACAGUGAUGUAAAUGACAAAUAGAAAGAGAGUGACAAUCAAAGUAAUGUGAUUCUUGUCCAUGACCCAUUGGUACAAUUGGCACCUCCUGCUUUUUUGGUAGUGGAUUUACCAUUGCCAGAGUUAAUGUAGGAAAGGAAAAAGCAAUGUGAUGCAUAGCAUUUGAGACUUGUGAUGAUUGUAAAGGGAAGUUUGUAAUUUUUCUACUUGUUCAGUUUCUUCAAUUCAUUAAUCCAACUUUCAAUUUUGUUACA